AAUAACAAUAUUUUAAUUUUAAAAUGAAAUAAUAUCACACAACUAUUUCUUCUAGCUUUAAUCUCUUUAUUUCUCUGUUUUCAUUGCUUUUAUUGAAAUUGCAGAGUUUAUUUUUGAAGCUUGCACUAUCUUUUUGACUUUGGCUCUGUAUUCAGCACUUGUGCAAAGAUAAAAUGGUUAUUGAUCUCACAAGAGAUUCCUCCGAGGAUGAGCUUACUUAUGAUGUGAAACCAGCAAUCCCAACCUCACACCUGCAACGAGAUGAAGGGCUCAUCUUGCUGCAGCAGUUCACGCGCCCGAAAUCACAGCCGGGAAGCAGUUCAAGUGGAAUAUCAUCGUCGAACGAUAGAAAGAGCAAAGCGUCCACGGACGGCGCGGUAUCGACCAACGAACCAUCACUAAAUUUCGCGAUUGUCGUGCCCUCCGUCUCUGGUAGCGACACAAGCAACAAAAAGCGACGGUUGAGCUGGGAAAACGACUGUAGCUCGCGGGUGAAUGGAUAUUCUAGUUUCCCAAGCCAUCAUGGCCUGUCACCAUUUUACUCAGUGGAAGGGAGCAGCAAAGGACAAUCCUACCAGCCCAAGCACGGGGUAGAUCGGCCCAGUAUUCAAAUUAAACAGCCAGCAGUGCGCUAUCGUCCCUGUCGAGCCAAUAACGAUGAGAAUCUCCUAUCACUCUACGCGAAAAAGUUACGGAAGAUCAAGGGACCUGCUGUGACUCUAAAUAUAAAGGCUUCAGACACUUCCAAACUUGAUUUCAACUUUGAGUUCAUCAAUGAAUACAAGCUUCAGCAUGGGGUUGUGCGUGUUGACGCAGAUUUCCAUGCAGGCUGUCGAUGUGAAAGAAAGUGUGAUUUGCACAACUGCGACCAUCUCUCAUAUGAGGUAGACUCUGAAGAUCGCAUUGUUCCCUAUCAGAUGGGCCGGGGUGGAAAGAUUGUCCUCAGACAAGAUUUCCUUAAAAGGAGGGCUAUGAUAUAUGAAUGCUCCCUACUUUGUUCUUGCAUGCCAGGUUGUUGGAACCAGGUUGUUCAAAAAGGGCGGACUGUUAAACUGGAAAUAUUCUGCACAACAAAUCGUGGUUUUGGCCUACGCUCUCCAGAAAGCAUACAAGCAGGACAAUAUAUCGAUAGGUAUCUGGGCGAAGUAAUCACCACAAAGGAAGCUGAUGCCCGCGAAGCUGCGACUCCAGGACAUGCAGCGAGCUAUUUAUUUCAGCUCGACUUCUUUUCCCAGGAUGACGACUACUACGUAGUUGACGGAAGAAAGUAUGGGUCUAUAACUCGCUUUAUGAACCAUUCUUGCAACCCUAAUUGCAAAAUGUUCCCCGUUUCCCAAUAUGACGCAGAGCUAAAGAUCUUCGACAUGGCCUUCUUUGCUAUUAAGGAUAUCCCCGCGGGAACCGAACUUAGCUUCGACUACUGCCCCAAUUACAAUAUGGAAAGUUCUAAGCAGAGCGACCCUCAGGAUGUCCCGUGCCUGUGCGGAGAGCCGAAUUGCCGUCGUAAAUUAUGGCCUAACCAACGGAAGACAAUGCAGCCAGAAGUUGACUGAGAUUUUUUCGUGUGCCUGGCGUUUUCCCCCCAAAGAGCGGGCUUGUAUUAUGUGCACUAUGGUACCCGCGCUCUUUUCCCUUUAGACCAUGCUAUGUUGACUAUCAGUUGAAAAAUACACUCUUUUCUUAGGCAAGGGCGCUCAGCUGGCUUCGGACUAGUUUUGUCGAUUCUUCUGGUGUUUUUUGUUUCUUUCUACCUUUCUAUUCUUUUCCGCUGUGUCUCAAAUACCCCAGUUCCCAGUUUUUCAGCUUGCAGCUUUCUGUAUUUCUUGAACGAUCUGGAUUUUCUUUCUUCCCCUUUUGUUAGCUAUUCUGCAGGAACUUUGUAUCAAUUGAAGUUUUAAACUGCGAACGCGACUGCGGCAUUGAAUUUCGGUGCUACUUCUGCUUCAAUUCUCUGAAUCUUUGAUGUCCUUUUGCCUGGUUUUCCGACAAUGCUGCAUAUGAUAUGGAAGAUGGUUGUCCUUCUGUUUUUCCCCCUUCUUUAGUGUCCUUAAGAUAGUAGAAGAACCAGCUCAUUUAGCUAUCUAGCUAUUUAGAUUUUGCCCUAUUUCAUUAAUGAAGUGGAACACAUGUGGAAGUUCCAGCCUUCGUUCCCACCUUUGCUGCACGCAUCUAUUUUUGCAUCAUUAGGGUUUACUGAAUAGACGGUAUAGAAUGUGUAAAAUAAAUAUCUGAGAAACAUAGUAGUUAAGAGGCUGAAUCGCUUCAUAUCUAUCAACACCCCACCCUCUCUCAGACUCACACUAUAUCUU